ACGCAGAUGGGUGUCGUCCGGUGCCCUCCUUCUCUCGAGGCGCAGGAACAUCUGGCAACAAGGCGACGACAGUGUGAACCGCUCACUCGGCAACGCCUUCACCCCCACCACGCCGAAAGGUGGCCGCACCGGCGGCGAUCACGACCACUACCCCGCCGGAAGAAAUUGGCAGGCACGUGUGGGAGUCCUGUCGCCAACAGAUGCACGGACCGACCGCUGAGAACAUAACGAACGGGGUGUCAAGGAUGCGUGUUCAAGUUGGAAGCGAUGUGGAUGCGGACGAUACCCGGAGGGCGACUGGUGACGAAUCUUCAGAUUUUCAUUGCGAGGACGAAGCGGACGAUGCAGAAGAGUUGGAGAUUCAUCCCCUGGGCGUGCGUGGUAGAGGGAGGGGUGGAUGCGGGUGUCAACAAAAUUGGGGAUUCCGUGGUGGUCGAAUAUCGAAGGCACCUGCAGGCAACAAGGGUGACAAACAUCCGACUUGGAGUGUUGGGGAGAUGCUGAAGCUCGCUCGGGCGAAGCGGGAUCAGCAAGCUUAUUUCAAUAGAAUGCCGCACAACUACGGCCGCAUGCGCAACAGGGAACCGAAACUGCAGGACCUGCAGAAACGGUUGGUGGAGGUGGGCGUGAAAAGGACGACUGAUGACAUCGGGAAGAAGUGGGAUAACCUCUUCCAGCAGUAUAAGAAGAUACUGGGGGACAUGCAACGUCCGCCAUCGGUCGCGGGAGAAUCCGUUGGAGGAGGAGACGUGGGUGAUGGCAACGAUGAAGGUGGAGGGUCGGCGCGGGAGUCCGGGUUCAGUGCAGGCAGCAUGGGCGGCUCUGGCAAGAGGAAGAACAUGCGCCAGCUGGCUUUCGAUGCCAUCGCCAAAGUCAUGGACUCGGAGAAGCACGGUGCAUUGAUGGCGGACACUGUGGAGGGCGCAAGCAAGCGGCAGUGUUCCAUCUCGGAGCGGCAGUGCGACAUACUCGAGCGCAAGGUCGACACCGAGAAGCGGCACUACGAGGCGUCCGACGAGGCGAACAGGAUGAUGUGCAAUGCAUUGAUAAAGAUCCCGAAAGCCAUCAGGGAUAUGCGGGGGGGGGCAAAGCGGAAGGGGGCACGUCCCGAAUUCGAAAAGGCCGCGCUCGCGGUGACGGAUCGAGGGGGCCAGGUGGGAGAAGAUGUCUCAGUCAUGGAGAUCCCUUCGACGGGGACGUCGACGCUUAGAUUUGGGAGAGACGGCGUAAGCAGGGAGCACUUUCAAGCACUAGCCGCCCUUGGUGUGCCAGGAAUUGGUCAUGGUGGUGGAAGUGGAAGCGUGCGUUCUCAAGGGAUCGUCAUCAGCAAGUUGGCACCACAAACGCCCAUGACUUCAACGACGACGAUCGUGUCCGCUGUUGAACGUGCGGAUAAAGGACCCGUAACGGUUCAUGUACCACAAGCGCGCCACGUGGAGUCGGCGAACACAAACACGAUGGGCGGGUCGUCGAGGGAAGUCGUCCUGUUGUCACACGCAGGACUCGGAAGCGGUGCUGUCCAUAGGCCGAGCACCGCUGUGGGGGAAUGGCGAGAAGGACGGGGGCCCGAUGAGGCGGGGAGGAAAGACGAGAGGAGGGAUGGGACUCCGCGAUCGGACGACGAGAACGACGAGUCUCUUCGCAUGAGGAAGAAAAAAAUGCGGCAGGAGGAGUUGGAAGCGAAGUCGAAGUUGUGGACAAACGGGAAGACAUUCUGGGGAAGUGGACCUGGUCGCCUGAUCGUGGACGCUGAGCACGAUUUUGCCGACUAGUACGACUACUACCGCGCAAUCGCCAAUGGUGAUGC